ACAUCUUUGUCAGUGAACAAAAUGGCAACUUACUGUCUCACUGUCGCCCGGCUCCAGCUGGCUCUGGGCCAUGGUGCACGGCGCCUGCAUGUAUCAGCAGCUUACAGAGCCAAGGCCAACGUGUCUAUGAGCCGCUUUGAGCCCACUUCCUACGUCAACUAUGAGAAGCUCCAAUCCAAUGUGGACAUUGUGCAAAAAAGACUCAACCGGCCACUCACCCUAUCAGAGAAGAUCGUGUACGGCCACCUCGAUGACGCCCACAACCAGGAGAUCGACCGCGGCCGCACUUACCUGCGGCUGCGUCCCGACCGCGUGGCCAUGCAGGACGCCACAGCCCAGAUGGCAAUGCUCCAGUUCAUCAGCAGUGGCCUGCCGAAGGUGGCCGUGCCCUCCACCAUCCACUGUGACCACUUGAUCGAGGCCCAGACUGGAGGAGUUAAGGAUCUGGCCAGAGCAAAGGAAAUCAACCAGGAGGUCUACAACUUCCUGGCUAGCGCUGGGGCAAAGUAUGGAGUUGGCUUCUGGAAACCAGGCUCUGGAAUCAUCCAUCAGAUCAUCCUAGAGAACUACGCCUACCCAGGAGUGAUGCUGAUUGGCACAGAUUCCCACACGCCAAACGGUGGUGGGCUUGGUGCCAUCUGCAUCGGUGUUGGAGGAGCAGACGCUGUAGAUGUCAUGGCAGGAAUCGCCUGGGAGCUAAAGUGCCCCAAGGUGAUUGGUGUGAAGUUGACCGGUAGUCUCUCAGGCUGGACGUCUCCUAAGGAUGUCAUCUUGAAGGUGGCUGGCAUCCUGACAGUGAAGGGAGGCACUGGAGCCAUCGUAGAAUACCAUGGGCCAGGAGUUGACUCCAUUUCCUGUACUGGAAUGGCCACCAUUUGCAACAUGGGAGCUGAGAUUGGAGCCACGACCUCAGUGUUCCCUUACAACCACCGCAUGAGGACCUACCUGGAGAAGACUGGACGUGGACAGAUCGCUGCCCUGGCUGAUGAAUACUCAGACUUGUUGGUACCAGAUGAAGGCUGCGAGUAUGACGAGCUCAUCGAGCUCAAUCUGGACGAGCUGAAGCCCCACAUCAACGGACCCUUCACCCCUGACCUGGCUCACCCAGUGUCUGAAGUAGGCGCUGUUGCUGAGAAGAACGGCUGGCCAUUAGAGGUUAAAGUUGGUCUGAUCGGCAGCUGCACCAACUCCAGCUAUGAGGACAUGGGCCGCGCCGCCUCUGUGGCAAAGCAGGCUUUGGAUAAAGGCCUGAAGUGCAAGGCUCAGUUCACAGUCACCCCCGGCUCAGAGCAGAUUCGCGCCACCAUCGAAAGAGAUGGAUAUUCAAAGAUCCUUGGUGAUGUUGGAGGCGUGGUCCUGGCCAACGCAUGUGGACCCUGCAUUGGACAAUGGGACAGGAAGGAUAUUAAAAAGGGAGACAAGAACACGAUCGUCACGUCCUUCAACAGAAACUUCACUGCCAGGAAUGAUGCUAACCCUGCAACACACGCCUUUGUUACCUCCCCUGAGAUUGUCACUGCCCUCGCAAUCGCCGGCACAUUAAAUUUCAACCCAGAGACAGAUUUCCUCACAGCCCCCAACGGUGAGAAGUUCAAGCUGGAACCUCCCAACGGAGAUGAACUGCCUUCCAAGGACUUUGACCCGGGCCAGGACACCUACCAGCACCCACCUCCUGAUGGCUCCAGUCUCAAGGUGGACGUCAGCCCUGAGAGCAACCGGCUACAGCUGCUGGAGCCCUUCGACAAAUGGAGUGGAAAGGAUCUGGAGGACAUGAAAGUUCUCAUCAAGGUGAAGGGCAAAUGCACCACAGACCACAUCAGUGCUGCUGGACCUUGGCUGAAGUUCCGCGGUCACCUGGAUAACAUCUCCAACAACAUGCUGAUCGGCGCAGUCAACAGCGAGAAUGAUGCCAUCAACAAGAUCAAGAACCUUCUGACAGGGGAGUACGGAGGAGUCCCUGAUGUGGCCCGUCACUACAAGGCAAACGGUGUGUCCUGGGUUGUGGUUGGAGAUGACAACUACGGUGAGGGCUCCAGCAGAGAGCAUGCUGCACUGGAGCCCAGGCAUCUGGGAGGAAGAGCCAUCAUCGUCAAGAGCUUCGCCAGAAUUCACGAAACUAACUUGAAGAAGCAGGGUUUGCUGCCACUGACCUUCAGCAACCCAUCAGACUAUGACAAGAUCCACCCCGAUGACAAGAUCUCCAUCAAGGGACUCAAAACCUUUGCUCCAGGAAAGCCUCUCAGCGCAGUCGUGAAGCACAGCGACGGCAGUGUGGAGACCCUGGAACUGAACCACAGCUUUAACGAGACACAAAUCGAAUGGUUCCAGGCAGGCUCAGCCCUCAACAGGAUGAAGGAGCUGCAGUGAGGAAGAGGGAGCGAGGAACAAACAGGAGGAGGAGGAGGAGGAGGAGGAGGAGGAGGAGGAUUUUCAGGGGGAAAACAGGGUGGUGAGGAUUGUGUGGACGAUGGGGGCUGAAGAAUGUACAUCCUGUCGAUGAUUGUUCCAUCAUCUGCAUUUUGCACACAGCCUGGACUGGAGAAGUGUGUCGGCAUACCUCGAAGAGUUAAAUGUUUAUUAGUUCAGACUGUGUGCCGAGCUAAUGUUGAUGAUGGAACAAUAGCAACUUGUCUGCAGUCAGAUAUCUUAAACCUUCAUUUGUCAGUGCGUAGUGUUACUGAAGGUCCUGUAAGCUGCUGUUUCAAAGUCAAACAAGAUAACCGGUUAAAAAUCAAAGUGUGGUAUAAAAACAAAGCUUCAACACACACACAAACACACACACUAAGCUUCGACUCAAGCAGUGACAUAGCGCCCUGCCAGCUGAUGCACCACCAGUGUUUUUGCAGCUGUUCAAACAGCUCUGUCAAGCGUGGAAGCCACUUCACGCUGGAGCUCAGCCAGCUGAUCGCACACUUGCUUGAGGAUUGUGUUGCACACUGCAUGGCAAUUAUCAGCGUUAGUCAACCGUUGUCAUUCAACCUGCCCCUAGUGUUAUUUACACUCCACCUUGAACUAAACACUGCGGUUGGCUGCAUCGCUGGGUCCAUUUGUUGUUUGGUGUAGUUAUAGUUGCAAUGACCACAUGGAUCUAAAAGAAACAUGCAGGCAAACACUUCCAUUCAUUAUUUUCUCACAUACUUACAGUCUGCCCCCUAGUGGCCAUGAGGAGAUACUGUAGUGUCCACAAGGCACAGCACCUCGCUCAUUUUAACGAAAUGACAUUUUUGAAAGCAGCACCUAGUUGCUUUUUUCUAGGGAUUGUUGAAAGGCAUUCUGGGAAGCGUGGGAAAUCACUUAAGUGCAUGGGGCAGUUUGAGAGUAAGCAGAUUCAACAAAGUGAGUUAAGCUAAGGGAGCGUAACUGGAACUUCACAGAUAUCCAUGUCUUUUAGCAAAGUAUGUUUUUAUCCAUUACAUUACACGUUGUCAGUGUUACAAAAGGUUACAGAGAACCACUACAGACAUUUCCUCACAUAGAGAAAGACUUAUAUGCUUCAAUACUGUGUAAAAAUACAGUAAAAACACCUCUUCUUUUUCCUUGACACCAUCACUACCACCAUCUCUAAACUGCCCCCCAAUCAGUCCCUAACCUCUUCACACGGUCAAACACAUAUGUUUUUUCCACUUGUUUGUUUAUUUAUUUAUAAUUUGUCCGGCAAAAGGUCGCUUUUCCAUCAACUUCUGCACGCACAGGGUAAACUUGGAUUUGUGUCCUUUGUCACUUUGUGUUACUUUUACCUCAAUCAAAAUAAAGCUGUGUUGAAUUAAAGGAAAGUAACAGCACAGUCAGUUUUGGUUAUGGUUAAGAAAACUGACUGUAAAUCACCACUUGCUGUAAUUAAGUAAUGUAGCUACUCAUAAGAAAACUCCAGAUGAUCGUGUCGGCAGUUAUAAUCAAGCAAAACCUCAACAUGGGGAUCAUUUCAUCAGAUCAGAAACAAGUGAUUUUGUCUUCAUGCCCACCUUUACAUCCUGGACCCUGCAAAGUAAAUGCAUCAAGGUUAAUUAGAUGAAGGCGUAAACCACUCUCUUCCUCUAACUGACGCCAGUGAAGUGUCCGGUUUCAUGUACAUUUAAGUGUUUGUGUAAUUUUUCUCCCAGAUUAUCUUUUCUGUAUUACAGAAAUGCCAAUGGGUUGUAAAAUAAAAAAUCACAGAUCUCAUUUA